AUGUCUGGUAGACCCUCUUCUUCGCCAGCAGAAAGCCUGGCGGCUUAUGGUUCGGAGCACGAAACUGUGCCCGAUACCACUACUGAAUCGACUCAAGCGCAAGCUUCAAGCAGCGGCAAUGCUGCUCCUAACAAUGUUGACAUCACAAACACGGCUGCAAAUACAACAGCCGCCACAAACACAAGCGCCGAUACGAACACAGAAGGCGAAGCACCCCUGAGUGACUCGGAUCACUCGGAUCGCCCCAACACCGAGGCCAGCGCCAACCUUUUUGACCGUCUUCUCGACACCGUGCUCGGCCAGUACCAGAAUGCUGGCGGAGGCAGCGCCACCAGUGACAACGAAAGCAGCACCACUACUCCUGCGGCCACGUCCACUGUCAAUAGCGACAAUAGCGCCAUCAUCAUCACGGUCAACUACAUGUUCCUCGAUGGCAGUGACCAAGUCAAUCCAGGACGCACGGGAUCUUUGGUCGUAACGUUGCCUAACAACGCCACUAAUAGAGAACCGCGGAUCAUACUGCAGUUUAUCUCUUUGGCCACGAGAAUGGCAUACUCUGCCCUUUCGAGCGCCCCAAAGCCACACUCUGGUAUCACGCUUGACAAGUUCAGAUCGCUUGAAGUUCUCCAUAUGGACGAGGUGCGGGACGCCACGUGUGCUAUUUGUUUUGAGAGCUACGAAUCGCCCAAGAAAGCAAUGGCAGAUGUGGAUACGAUGCCGUCGGCCAAACGGCGCAAGCUUUCCCCCGAAAUUUCGGAACAAACUGCCGGUACAAAUGUGGAAGCAAACACAAAUACAGGUAGCAGCACUCUGUCGGCCACGGAAAGGGCCGCAAACACAGAAACAAAUAGCAACGCGGAGUCCACGGAUGGGAAUACAAAUACGGAUGCAGAGACUGGCGCUCUGCCGGCUGAUCAAACUGCCUCAGACGCAUCGGCGCCUACGCCACAAUACUUGUGCCAGCACUCUGGCGAGUUCCCGCAUUUGCCCCUUCGUAUGCCUUGUGGCCACGUCUUUGGUCAGUCGUGCUUAGCAUACUGGCUUCGCGAAAACACCAGCUGUCCAUUGUGCCGUGUUUCGAUUGGUGAGCCAGAGCCUGAAACACCUAGCGUCAUACCCAUCAGCUAUAUCCGGCUUGGCGGUUUAGGGGAAGCUGCAGAAAGCGCAGAUGACACCGCAAACAGCAAUGAUAGUGCAGACGGCAUUCUUCGACGCAGCACAAGAGUCAUCUUCAACUCAGAUAGGCCGAGGCAUAAUGAGGCACCGCCUCCACCAAUCUCGCCUCUGGCUGAAGAGAGACCGCGCAACUCCAGCAUUUCUCCCGUGAUUGAUAACAUCAUAAAUUACUUCAGCCGGGCACGGAGACAGCGUGAAGAGAACUCAGGUUCUCCACUUUUUGCCACAGGUGUGGCUAGCAGAAGAACCCCUUCUGGCGUAGAAACAGUAACGUCUGAUCUGGCCUCGGGAGACUCGUUUGAACACUUCACGAGCUUGGUGGGAGACUUGCGUGGCGAGGUGCGGCCAAGGUCCCAAAACUCGGACAGCUCGGAGGGAUCGGGAAAUCCAGAGCAGACAGAACAAACAGAUGAGAAUGCCCAAUGA